AUGGUGACAAAUGUUCAGAAUGCAUAUAUGAAAUGCCAUCGUAGACUCAAAAGAAUUUUAAAAUAGUGUAAAAGAGGUGUUUCUGAUGUAAUUUAGUUUAAUAUAUAAAUCUAAGAGGAUUUUUGACUUUUUACCAUAAAAUCAGAUUAAAAAGAAAAUGAAGAGUAAAUAAUAGACAACACUGAAGUAUCAAUAAUUCUCUUUUGAUCAGCCAUCUUUCUUAUGA